AUUAUAAAGAAGACCCUUUUUCUUGCCCAUUUCCCAUCAAACACCAUAAGAUGUCACUUCGUAGUAUACAUAAAGUUAUUGCUGGAAUCUCCAAAUUGGAAGGUGCUGGAGUUCAUAUUUAUAGAUCUUUGGCCAUACGUGAAAUGAGAAACUUCACUCCAUUUAUGCUUUUAGAUCAUUUUGAAGCAUCUUCAACGCUGGGAUUUGGUCCUCAUCCCCAUAGUGGAAUGGAAACCAUUAGUUAUGUUCUUAAAGGUGGACUUGCACAUGAAGAUUUCACUGGUGCUCGAGGUGUUUUACUCCCUGGGGAUCUUCAAUUCAUGACUGCUGGUAAGGCAAUUGUACAUACAGAAAUGCCAAUACCCCAGAAAGAUGGAUCUAACCUGGAAGGGUUGCAACUUUGGGUAGAUUUACCAGAAAAAAUCAAAGAAAUAAAACCAAGAUAUCGUGAUCUUCGUAGUUUUGAAACUCCAACUGUAACUACUGAUGAUGGGAAAGUUAGUAUUAAGAUCAUCUCGGGCACUGCAUUAGGAGUUCAAUCUAUUCGAGAACUUUCAUAUACACCAAUGGAAUUUUAUCAUUAUAAAAUUCAACCUGGAGGAGAGUUUAUUCACCCAGUACCUCAACUGUUUAAUUUCUUUGCAUAUGUAAUCAAGGGAUCCGGGUUUGUAGUAGAUGGGACAGAAAUUGCUGAACAUAGUAAUUGUUAUUUUAAACAAGAUGGUGAAUCCAUUUCUGGGAAGAAUACGAGUGAAGUAGAUACCAUAGAAGUUGCACUUAUAGGAGGGCAGCCAUUGGAUCAAAAAGUGCUUCAAAUUGGACCAUUUGUUCAUACCAAUAAGGCUAGAAUUGACCAAGCUUAUAAAGAUUAUGAUUCAGGUACAAAUGGAUUUGAACUUUUAAAGACAUGGAAGCCUGUCAUUGAUAAGGGUAUAACCGAGGAAAUGUUAGACGGACCACUUAAAGAUUUAAUUGAAGAUAGAGAAAGGCAGCGGGAAUUAAUUGGUGUGUAGUUUAUAUGUAUAUAUGGAAGAGGUUGAGGGUAAUAUGCAUGCUACAGAUAGGGAA